ACCUUCAGUUGUGCACUGGCUGCCCGACCUGGCCAACAUGCCGUCCAUUCGUCCGCUUAGUCCGGCGCUGCAGCAAAAUGCUAUCGAGCAGCUGAACGAGAUUCCGGAACGCCUGGAUGCGGACAUAGCCGCACUGCGUCAGUGGAUCGCCCAGCAGCCACAUUUGAAAGCGCGCACCGAUGACCAGUUUCUGGUCAACUUCUUGCGCGGCUGCAAGCACAGCCUGGAGAAAACCAAGUCCAAAAUGGAUCGGUUUUACACGCUGCGCACCAAGUAUCCCGAAUAUUUCAUUGGACACAAUGUGGAUGUGGACAAGCUGCUUGCCCUCUUCCGAUUCGGCACUGCUAUAGUGCUGCCACGCCCACUGCAUGAUAAUGGACCACGGCUAGUUGUAUUGCGCAUGGGCGCCUACAAUCCCGAUGAGUACAAUUUCAUUGAAAUCAAUCGGGCCAGCAGUCUAAUGCAUCAAAUAAUGCUCGAUGAAGACGAUGAUGCCAUAGUUAAUGGGGUCAUAAAUAUUCUGGACCUGAGCGACGUAAAGGCCGGGCAUUUCUUUCAGAUGACACCGUCCUUUGCCAAGAAGAUGACCGUUUUUCAGGAGGAGGCACUGCCCAUGCGCACAAAAGGCACGCAUUUCAUCAACACGCCCGCGGGUUUCGAUAAGGUCUUCAACAUGUUCAAGCCGAUGAUGUCCAAAAAACAACAGGAGCGCCUUUACGUGCACGGCAAUAAUUUUGAGGCCAUAUACCAGCAAAUACCGCAAAAGUAUUUGCCCGUGGAGUACGGAGGCGAAAAUGGUUCCAUACCAGAACUGAUCAAGGAUUGGGAAGAGCGUAUAAGCGCCUACAGGAACUACUGGGUAGAGGAGCAGAACUAUGGCACGGAUGAGCGCCUCCGACCAGGCAGGCCAAUUGACUUUGAGGGUCUAUUCGGGCUGGAGGGUUCGUUCCGGCAGCUGAAUGUUGAUUAGGACCUGGUCAGUGGGGCGUGCUAAAUUUUUAGUCUAUAUAUAGCGCAUGCCUUAUCUAUAUCUUAAGUUUUGAUAUUUCAUAAUUUGAGUUUUACAAACAAGCUUUGAUAAUGAACAUUUGUGGUGUAGACAAAAAAAACAGUGCACUUUUUUACAAUAUUCUACUUUUAAAAAGAUAUUUAAAAAGGAAUUUUAAAACAGAUAUUGCAUAUUUCUGUAAAGUCGGAAGAGAGAAAUGCACUAUUUGUCGUUGUUCUUGUUGUGCCUGACAAAUCAGCUGCUGAUCGAGUCUCUUGUUCCGUGUUCUCGGGAGAACAAGUCAAAUGCCAACUGAGAUGCAAAAAGUAAACAAAAAGUAUUCCAAAAUGUUCUGAAUAGAAGAAAACUACAAGCUACUACAACUAGCCCAAGUAGCAACAAAAAUAAACCACUCUCCGAACGCCGAUCGCCGAUCAGAGAAAUGUUCAGUAA